GCUCCGCGAGGUGUCUCGGUGCGGCGCGCAGGGGGGAGGCGCAGACCGCGAGGCGGCGGAGGAGGGGGCGAUGCCCGGGGCCGCCGCCGCCGCGAUGCUGCCGGCCCAGGAGGCUGCCAAGCUGUACCACACCAACUAUGUGCGGAACUCGCGGGCCAUCGGUGUGCUGUGGGCCAUCUUCACCAUCUGCUUUGCCAUCGUCAACGUGGUGUGCUUCAUCCAGCCCUACUGGAUCGGCGACGGUGUGGACACGCCGCAAGCCGGCUAUUUCGGGCUCUUCCACUACUGCAUCGGCAACGGCUUCUCCCGCGAGCUGACCUGCAGGGGCAGCUUCACGGACUUCUCCACGCUGCCCUCGGGCGCCUUCAAAGCCGCCUCCUUCUUCAUCGGCCUCUCCAUGAUGCUCAUCAUCGCCUGCAUCAUUUGCUUUACCCUCUUCUUCUUCUGCAACACGGCCACCGUGUACAAGAUCUGUGCCUGGAUGCAGCUCACCUCCGCUGCCUGCCUUGUGCUUGGCUGUAUGAUCUUCCCUGAUGGCUGGGAUUCAGAUGAAGUAAAACGGAUGUGCGGAGAAAAGACCGACAAAUACACUCUCGGGGCUUGUUCUGUCCGCUGGGCAUACAUCUUGGCGAUCAUUGGAAUUUUGGAUGCCCUGAUCCUCUCGUUUCUAGCAUUUGUGCUUGGAAACCGACAAGACAGCUUGAUGGCAGAGGAACUGAAGGCAGAAAACAAAGUUCUGCUAAGCCAAUACUCUCUAGAAUGAGCACAAACAAAUCAAAUAACAGCUAGACAAAUCGAAUAACAGCUUUUGUACAUCAACAUCAAGAAGGAAAAUGCUUGGGAGAUAGCAGUUUGAGAAUGAAUACGGACAAGAGUGAAGCCUCCACUCCUCAAGGCACCGUCUAAAUGUAGAUCUGCAAAGAUGGGGUGAUUUUCUGGAAGGAGAGGUGACCACAGAUUAAACACCAGCUCACUGGAAACUGUCAUUGAACAAGAUCAGAUAAUAUUCAAUGAAAAAUCAUCUUCAGGAACAUCUUAAGGAAGAGGAAUAUAAAUGUGCUAGGUGUAACAUGUAAAAUACAUAUGUAGUGAGGUUUGUAAGCUGUCCUUUUUUAAUCAAACCAAAAACAAGAAGCUUUAAUCUUUGAAAAAGAAAAGAAAUAAAAGGGCAGUUAGUUCUAGAUUAUUCCUAUCUCAGUAGCCAAGAAGCUGAUCAAGGGUCAUUUAUCGAGGAAGCAGCUUAGAAAAUGCCUCUGAUCUUUGGUUCUCUGUCUCUACUGUUCAUUUAUUUCACUGUGUAAUUAAUUACAACCACUCAGCUGUUACGAGAUGCAACACUUCAAACUCCUUCCCAAGUCUGUGUUCAGUUGAACCUGUCUGUACAAGUUAGUACUAAGAAAGUGUUUCUGACAUAUACUCUUGCUCCAUCGAGCUGUGUAUUCCGGGAAGUACGUCUUGACAUCCUAGGUUCCCAAGCAGCUUAGAUUCCCUAGUCUUUCAGGAAACAGCAUCGAGGAACUGUGAAAAAUAUAGAAAGCUCGUUUUUCCCCUGGAUGCUCACAUGUAAUAUAUAGGCUGCUAACAAAUAAAUACUUUUUUCUAAUUCUCCUUAGUAUAUGCAUAGGAAUUUAAUAUACUUUAUAGAUAUCUAAAAUGUCUGAUUUUUUUCUAUUUCUUCACCAUCCAUAUCAUCAGAAAUCCAUAUCCUUUAUUUCUCUGAUUGAUAGGCAUCCAUUUUUAUUUUUUUAAUUAUUCGACUAAAACUUUCUAAGCGAUAGUAAGUGGUACUAAAAAAAAUAAAAAUGUAAUAGCCUUAGAAAUAAAUGACUAUAUGCUUAUACAAGUCAAAGUAACUUGGUAGGGAUAAGUUAAGUUUUUUUUACUAAUGUUGGUUUCAAAAUUCUCAGAUUUUUUUUCUUUUUCAAUUAGCUGGCAUUUGGAAGUAGCUACAGCUAAUCAGUUGUCUGUAAUGACCUGUUGUUCCCAGGAUUCCCCCACCAUCCCCUUCCUUGCCUAUCUUACCAAUAGCCUGCAACGGAGAAAUAGUUAAUAUGAAGUAGUCGAUUGCCUGAGAAUGAGCGCAAGCUAAAAUGUGCAUAUAGGAAUGCUCAGUGGAAGCCAACUUACGUUCUACACUUGACCCAGAAACAUGGCCAGGGAUAGAGCUCAGUGGCAUAGCGCCUGCCUGGCAAGCAUGAGGUUGUGAGCUGUUUUCCCAGUACAAUACACACACACACGCACACACACACACACACGCACACACACGCACACACACACACGAGAUUUAUAGUGGCAGAAACAUGAAUAUACAAAAUGCCUUCAUUUUGGCUUGGAAUCAGAAUAAAAUUAGCAUAUGUCACCGGAGCAAGGAUAACAUGGGCAAAACAGGGUUGACCUUUCUUACCCUUUUUCCAUGAGGCACACAUUUGGGUUUCAGCCAGUUGUUUCUGGAACUGACCAUGUUUUCACCAUAAAUGGGAUAAUGCUUCAAGUAGCUAGAGGUAUAUUACAGGUAGGCUCAAGUAAGUAUGACUAAAUUUACCAAGAUGUGGCUUUUUGAAAGAACUAAAUUAAGGGAACACUUAGAAUCUGUAGCUACAGUAUUAGUCAUUCUAGGGAUUACCUAUUGCUUUAAGUAUUGGCUGUCCUGUUGCAUUCAGAACACCCUACUUGCUAAAUUUAAUUACACACAACUUUUCAAGAAUUCAUUUACUUAUCUCUAAAAUAGAAAUGAAAAGUGUCAGCUUUCUCUAAUCUGUGUGAACUACAAAUUCCAUUACGACUUCUACAUCACUGAUAGUGGUGUUACAAAAAAGAAAAAGUACUUCCUAUUCAUGUGCAAAUGUUUUUAAGAAGUUUUCACUGUAAACCUAAGUGUCAUUUAGCAUACCACAGUGCUAUGAAGAUGAGUCAUCGAUGAUGUACCAUUUGUACAUAGACAAUACACACGUAAAUCACUAAGUGUUAAUCCAGUAUAAGAAGUAUGUUUUUAUCUUUUUAAAAAAAGUGGUUCCCUUUCCCAUUCUGUUCUGUUGUAUUCUGUCCAAAAGUUGUGUGUAAUUUUUUUAAGGUCCAGGAAAUGUAAAGA